AUGAUCAGAGACAUCGGAGUGACUCGCGGAGACGAAUCCCAGGUUGGUCACUAUGUCGGCAUCCUUGUAAGCUUUCGACUGCCUGACCACAUCGGACGGAAGCCUGUAAUACCGACAGCUCUAUUAGCAAUUUCGGUUUCGAUAUUUUCUUUUGGGCUGUCGAAGACCUCGGUCUGUCGUGCUGUCUGCGGAGCAUUUAAUGGAAGUAAUAGUGUCAUCAAGAGCAUGGUGAUGGCCAUCACUGACGCGACCAAUAUGCCCAAGGCAUACAGUUAUAUGCCAAUUCCCUGGCGACCAGAACUCCUGAAGACCUACCCAUAUAUCCUGUCAUGCUCUAUUUCGAUGAUUUUUGUAUUAGCAGCUUGGCUAGUCGUGUAUUUUUGUCUUAAAGAGAGCGUCUCUACGAGGACACCACCUUGGGAGCUAAUCAAAGGAGGUUUCUUGGGACAGUCAUACGUAAAGCCUCGCCAGCCAUCGAGCAAUGUGGUAGUUAAUCCUGCAGAAGCGCAUCCUGGAGGAGUCCAAUCAAAGCCGCUUCGGCUGCGCGCCUUGCAACCCCGAAAUUGUGCCACCACGGGCCUGUUUCACACUGCGUUUAAUUCGGUCCUACCUGAUUUCCAUGCUACACCGAUUGAACUUGGUGGCCUUUACCUUGAUACUCCUCGCAUCGGCGCUAUACUUGUGGCAUCAGGUGUUUCACACGGCAUAUUUCAGCUGGUUUUCUACGCUCGUUUACAUGAUCACCUUGGUGCAAGAGCUAUCCAAAUCACUGGCAUUAGCUCCGGCAUACACAUCGUCAUUAUAUUUCCAGUGAUUAAUGCUCUGGCUCGAGCCCAUGGGAUAGGUUUGGCAGUGUGGCAAUCAUUAUUCAUCAGAGCAGCCGCUCCCAAUCGUGCAUCGCUCGGAGCAACCAAUGGAAUCGCUCAGAUGUUUGCCGCAGGAGCAAAAAUCAUUGGUCCAGCGUCUGCAGCUUCGGUCUUCUCUUAUUCAAUGGAGGAAGGGCAUGAUGCGUGGUUGGUAUACUACAUCUUGAUGGCAAUUGCAUUUCUCGCAGCACAUCCAAUGCCAUCGCACUGGUGGAGAAGGAUGGAAAUGGAAGAAGCCUAG